AGUACAGUCGAACUCCCUGAAGAAGUCGAAGAUGCAUUGAUGUAGACGCUUGGAACUUUACAUUUUUCGAUAAGUCACCGAAAAUAUUCCGAAAAAUGCACAAAAAAAGUAGCAUAUUUUUUUAAAUGUGCUAAAAUAAUUUUAAUCCACUUUUCUAAGGAGGUUCGUUAAUGCGAACUAUCAUUUUAUUGGCGAUGCUAAGUCUCAUAGUGUUUCACCGGCAUUCGCCCAGAAAUAUAUCAGUUGGGAAGCAGAAAGCUUCAACGAUUCAAACGGCACCAAAUUUGAAAUAUUUGAAGCCCCGUCCGAUCACCCGGUAAUGCAGCCGAAGGCGUAGACGACUACACCAUCGCAGAAGCCUCUGGCGGUAAGUUCAUCGGUUCAUCUAACGGUGCUACAAACGAUGGCGGCGACUGGGUGAAAUACGAAUUCUCCGUCGAUGCAGACAAUUGGCAUUUCUGGGGACGUGUUAUCGCUCCUUCAGUUGGUGACUAACUCUAUCUACUGGGCAUUCGAUACCGCCGACGGUGAUAUCACCUCUACCAAUGACGCCCCCAUGAACAUCUGGGACUUUUUUGAAGCAGAGUCUCUCCGGGUUGGCUAUACAACCGAAUGGAUCUGGUUCCGAUUGAACACGCGCGACGGUCCCUUUGAGGGGACUGAACUUAUCCAGCACGGGGACGAUCCGGUUCCGGUAGAACUGUCUGACGGAGAUCACACACUGCAUAUCGCCCAUCGCGAAGAUGGUACAUACAUCGACAAAAUUUUCGCCACAACAGAUGUCGAAUUCGAUCCGAAUGAAACCGAUCCGCAGACGGCUGUUGAAGCGCAAAACAAACUUACAACAACUUGGGGUGCGCUGAAAAGCGGAUUCUAA